CUUAGACGCUAUUUUAAUCAAUCGUUGAUGAGGAGGACCUUUCGAAAGCGUUCAAGUCGAAAAAACCAGUGGGAAACAAGGAGACCUUUAUCACUAAUGUCGAAUUUUGCAAGUAAAUCCGUUGAACAGCCGACAACUGCAGCCGUAGCCGAACCGGGCCCUGAUUGGCCAAUUGCGAAGAAAAUUUGGGGCUUGGCAUGGGAGCUACACUGGGUUGGGUUCGGUAUCUUGUUUGGCUUGGUGGCCGUUCAUUCCUUCGUUGCCAUAGUGAUGGUGAAUCAUAGGAGAGGAUUCGCUCGCAAGCCAUUGUUUGUGGCCAUAAACGUGAUGCUCCUUGUGCUCGGAUUAACCAGAUCCGUGUAUUUAUUGUUAGAUCCGUACGAAUCUAGAGAAAAUGGCGUGCAGGAUCCACAGUGGAUGACACUACUUCUCUUUGGAAUCGCUUUUCCAUGUCUAACUUCCUCGUUUUGUUUGAUACAUCUGGCUUUUCUGGAGGUUACUAAGCUGAAAGUUGGUCCAAACAAGCUGCAGAAUGUGAAAUUUAUCUCUGUUGUCAUUGUGAUCCACUUCAUCAUUGUAUUGGUCGCAGAGACCUCCGCCUCCAUGAAGCCAGAACUGGACCCCCUGUUGAUCGUGUGCCAGUCUUUCUUCAUUCUCUGGGGCUUACUGCUUUCUGGUAGCUUCAUCUACAGCGGAUGCAAAGUUAUCAGGCGAGUGGAAAACGUUCACGAGCAACUGAAUUCGAUUGAGAAAAACGAGCGACUGCGAAACAAGAAAGUAAAGUCUGGCACAACUAAAGUGGCUAAGAUAACCAUUGGCACGAGCAUCCUGGGAAUUGCUGUUUGUGCGUUGAAUUUCUAUUCCAUGGUGGGCGUAUACGGUUUGUACAGCAAAGUCGUUCAUCCCUCUCCUUGGCCCUGGCUAGCUUUUCAAUCGGGCUUUCGCCUCGUUGAGCUUGCCAUGGCAGGCACGAUAGCCUACAGUGUGAUGCAAAGGGAAGGGGGAAACAAGAAAGACAACGCUGUGAGUGGGACCGAGGGAGUGAAUUUGUCCUCAAGAAUUAAACCACAAUAGAAUGCAGUACUCUCAUUUGAGCGUAUACAGGGGCGUAACGAGGAUUUUUCAAGGAGGGGGGGUCACACGGUGUAACAGGGGGUUCUCACCAGAUUGUCAUGUCGACCUUCACCCCGUGUUUUACUUAAAAAAUACUUUCAAAUGAGGGAGGGGGAGUGGGUCACGGAUACCCCAGGCCCCCCCUCCCCUAUCUACGCCCUUGGGUCAUGAAUUCAAAUGGAAAAUGGUUUCCAAUCAUUAAUUGUUGCCCAAAAUGGGUUGUCCAAAUACUGCACCAAGUGAACCAUAUUGAAAUUCCACAUGAUAAACAUGACACGACACGACAUGACAUGACAUUGUGAUAUUGCUUGGUGAGAAAUCAUGCAAUGCAAUAUAACUCGAAAUCACAGAACAUUGCAUCGAAAUAUAUCACUGAAAAUUUCUACUUUGGUACCUAAACUAAUGAAAUAAUGUGAGGAUAAACCGAGACUUCUACUGGUUUUUACAAGGCUGGCAAAGAAAAGAAGAUGAACCGACACUGUACAAAGCUCACGUAGCUCUACUCCUGGAGUUAUGUUGUUUUUUACGUAAAUAGAAGCUACGCUCAGAAGACAAAGUAACUGCAUUGAACUCACGUUAGGAGGUUAAUCUUUUUCGGUAAGCAAUGACACUAACAACAUUAGUUGAACUAUAUGCGUGUCCAACAACUGCAGGCAAACUGGUCAACCGAGACAGUAACUAAAAGCUAAGUAGAGGCAACGGGAAAGGCAGGCGACUAGUUUUUGCCCCUCCCACACGCUUUUUCGAUCAUCUCUUUAUAGGUUAGCACAGGUUAAUAAAACUACCACUAAAAACAAAUUAAAACUAAUACAUUCUGAGCUUUUUCGAAAGGGCACCCUGUAAUAGUUAAGUAAUCGCUUAAGGCCUUCAAUAAAAACA